AUGGAAGAACAACCGAUCAUCUGCAGCUCCUGUUUGGGAGAAAACAGCCAUGUGCGAAUGAAAAGACAUCCAAAUGGCGAGGAGUGUCGCUUCUGUACCCGUCCAUUCACAGCGUUGCGUUGGAGUGGAGACACCAGGGUUGGCAAAAUGAAAAAGACAGUUAUCUGCGAAAGCUGUGCCAGAGCCCGCAAUUGUUGUCAGUGUUGCUCGGUCGAUAUUGACUACCAGAUCCCGCUAGAUCUACGAGACGCUGCGUUAAAGCUAGCUGGGAUUGCGAAUCCCUAUUCUGUUGAAAAUACAUCUAAGAACAGGGAAGUCAAGGCUAUCAUUGGCGACAAGAUCGAGAAACGCUUGAAGAAUGAAGAAACCGAAACGGCCGAGGAGAAGAAAGAGAAAAUGCGGGACAUUCUCACGAAAUUGGCCCAGAAGUUGGGUUCAGGCGCUGUUGCAAAUACAUCGAUGCCGAAAGAGCGUACCAGCGGAGGCAGCACAACCAAAGAAUUAUCAAAAACAAUAGCGGCGCUCCCGUUUGGAGGCUCACUAGCUCUGCCAAAGAACAACGAAGAUAGGUCGUUCUUUGUGUUUGGGUUCAGUGCCGAUAUGCCCCAGUACAAGUUGUCGGAGUUUUUUGAAACACAUGGGAAGAUCGAAUCGGUCCGUAUUGUCCAUAAAGCGAAAUGUGGAUAUGUUGUAUUCGACUCUCGCAGCGACGCUGACAAGUGUGCAAGUGCUAUCAGUAGCAACGGGCUCAACUCUAAUCUGGCCACGGCAGGCCUAAUCCUCGUCAAUAGCCAGCCGGUAAGAGUAAGUUGGGGAAACUCCCAGCCACUAGGCCGGAACAACGACGAGCAGGCCAAGAUUGCGCAGGUAGUGACCAAGGUAAUGAAGCAGUUGGCCGAGAGAGAUGCACUGCAGAAGGGAAAACGUACAAAAAAGCUGAACGGGUCCCAUUCUACAAAGAGGCAGAAACUGGAAUCUCAAGAGAGAACAGACAAGGAGACAAAAGAAGUCAAGCAAUCAUACAAGGCUUUAUCAAGGGAUCUCGAGCUAUGA